AUGGCUGCCCGCGGCCACGACCAGUCCAAUGGACGGAAUGGCUCCGAGAGCUCUGAUACGUACAGCUGGCUGUCCCAAGACACCAUCAGAGAUAACCAAAACCAACGCGCCCGUCAUCCACAUCGCCUGUCGCAUGAUCGCGGCAUCUCCCCCCAUUCUCUCGCCGAGAGACAGGACAGACCGGAUCCGCCGCCGCCGUCGGUCCCAAACUCCUCCACCGACUUGUACGCGUCAAACUUCUCCUGGGACCCCCCCGACGUCAACCCACACGCCAAUGGCCCCCGCAAGGCCCUGGCCGUCUUAGGGACAGAUGACCUCCCCCCUCCCGCCAACGCCGGUCUGCCCCCCCGGCCCUAUCGCAAACACACCCAUCCCGACUACUUUAAUUACGACCCGAAUACCCCCCCCUAUGCACCGUCCCCCAGCGGGGGGCCCUCCGACGGGGCCACCUCCUUCCUCCACGACCUCUCCGAGCCGGAGGCCCCACCGGCCGGCGCCGCGUCCCGCCUGGCCGACGACGAGGAGGACGACAACCGACGGCCGUCCGUUGCUAGCGCCACGACCGUUAGCAGCCAGGGCUCCAAGACCAGCAGCCGCUUCCGCAAACGACUACAGGGCUUCUUCGGCGACGAGUACGGCGAUUCGAAGUCCGACUCGAAGCCCGACUCGGAGACCGCCAGUCUGCACGCGAGACCCGCCGCGGCCGACCAGAUCAGGGCCCGCUCUCGAGCCAACUCCGACGGGGGCUCUCGGGGCCCCGCCGGCCGCGGACCUGCCCAGCGACCCCCCCAGCAGCCCGGCACCCCGCUGCCGUCGAGUGAGAUCACCCCCUGGCUCUAUCAGAGCUUCAACGACAUCCCCCAGUUCGGCGAGGCCCCCGUGCGGCCCGCCCCGACCGGCCCAGACGGCCAUCGCGCCCCGGGCCAGUCCGCCGCCGCGGGCGCACGAGACCCUGGCCGGCGCCACUUUGGCGGCCACCGCCACUCCCGGAGCAAGGAGGAGAAGCCCACCGUGGCGGGGGACCUGGCGGGUUACCCGGCGCGCCCGGCCACCGGCCGGGAUGAUCUCGCCCUGGGGCUGCGACCCUCGCGCGAGGCCCUGGACUUCCCCACCCCGGCGAGCUCCUCCGCGACCCUGGCCGCCGUCCGCUCGACGAGCCCGACCCCGAGCGUCCAGAGCGCGUACGGCCGGGAUCCCGUGCCCGGCAAGCGGUCCAUUCUCGAUAAGAUCCGCCGCCCCAAGGCGCACGGGCCCCUCAAGAACCUCGGCGCCAAGGCGUCGACCCAGGAGCCGUCCGCCCGCGCCUCGUCGAAGCUCUCGCGCCGCGACGCGUCCCCUGCCCGCCGGGGCCGCCAAGGGAGCCUGGAGACCGCCAGCGACCCGGUCGACGGCGACCGCAAGAAGGAUGGCCGGGGUCUGAUCGGCUUCCGGGGCCGUGGUGGUGCCGCCCCCACCGCCGCCAGCGUCGGGGGCAAGGAGCUGCGGCCGGACGAGGCCGGCGUCUGGGCGCUCGACACGGACCUGACCCAGAUGGAGGGCAUCGUCCGGCGAAACUCCCCCGCCCUCCCCGUCGAGGGCCGCCCCCGGGCGGUGCCGCCGCCGGACGGCCCCGCUCCGCCCCGCGAGGAAGUCACCCCCAAGGCCGACGGGCCCUCGGCCACGGGCAACUGGGACGCGCCGGACAGUUGGCACGUCAAACGGCCGCUGGAUGAGAACACCGCGCGCCUGCCCUCCCGCGCCCAGGCCGCGGUGCGGAACAGCCCCGACGCCGACGGCGUCUCCUACUUCAUCCGGGUCUUCCGUAUCGACUCGACCUUCGCCACCCUGUCCACCGGCGUGUAUGCCACUGUGGCCGACAUCCUCCUCAUCCUGGGCCGCAAGUCCUUCCUCACCGACCACCUGAACAACUACGAGAUCGUCAUGCAGAAGAACGACCUCUCCCGCCAGCUGGACCCGAGCGAGAAGCCGAUCCUCAUGCAGAAGCGCAUGCUCGAGCAGGUGGGCUACACCCAAAAGGACCGCAUCGAGGAGAUCGGCCGCGAGGACCACAGCUACAUCCUGCGCUUCACCUUCCUCCCCACCAAGCUCAGCGGCUACAGCAGCCUCCAGGGCGAGCCUGGGUUUAACCCCGCCCAGAAGUUCAGCCAGGUCGACCUGCAGGGCCGCAGCCUGGUCACCAUCCCCAUCGCCCUCUACAAGCGGAACGCCGAGAUCAUUUCGCUAAACCUGUCGCGGAAUUUGGCCCUCGACGUGCCCACCGACUUCAUCAACGGCUGCAUCAACCUGCGCGAGAUCAAGUUCAUCGGCUGCGAGGCCACCCGCCUGCCGGCUAGCCUCAGCCUGGCCAGCCGGCUGACCUACCUGGAUGUCUCGAACAACCUGCUCGAGUCGCUCGACCACGCCCACCUGGACCGGCUCCACGGCCUCGUGAGCAUCAAGAUGGCCAACAACAAGCUGUCCAAGCUCCCUAGGUACUUCGGCAACUUCCAGUACCUGCGCACCCUCAACCUCUCGUCCAACAACUUCCACGUGUUCCCCGACUUCUUCUGCAACCUCAAGAGCUUGGUCGAUCUGGAUAUCAGCUUCAACAGUAUCGCCGAGCUGCCCAACAUCGGCAGCCUGACCGCGCUGGAGCGGCUCUGGAUGACCAACAACGUGAUCCGGGGCCCGCUCGACGAGUCCUUCCGGGACCUCGUCAAUCUGCGCGAGAUCGACGCCCGCUUCAACGAGAUCACCAAUAUCGACGUCCUGUCGCACCUCCCCCGCCUCGAGCAGCUGUACGUCGGCCACAACGCCGUGUCGCGGUUCCGCGGCUCGUUCAUUAAGAUGCGGACCCUGGUGCUCGAUCACUGCCCCAUGACCCAGUUCGACAUCGACGCGCCGAUCCCGACGCUGACCUCCCUGAACAUCGCGUCGGCGAAGCUGGUCCAGUUCCGGGACUCCCUGUUCGACAAUGUGCCCAACCUGGCGCGGCUCGUGCUCGACAAGAACCACUUCGUGUCCAUGUCGCCGUAUAUCGGCAAGCUGCGCAAACUGGAGCACUUCAGCAUGAUCAAGAACCCCCUAUCCUCCCUGCCCCCCACCAUCGGAUGCCUGGUGGAACUCAGAUACCUCAACCUGCGCGAGUGUAAUCUGCGGCGGCUACCCCCGGAGAUCUGGCACUGUUUCAAGCUGGAGACGCUCAACGUGUCCUCCAAUGUGCUGGACAGCUUCCCGGCCCACGGCAGUCCGGCCCCGCAACUGCCUAGCGAUCUCGGCGGCGGCGGUCUCCCGGCCCCCACCCCGUCGGGGUCGACCGCGGUCCCCUACGACGACAUGACAACCCUGGAUGAGCGGGAGGCCCGGCGUCCGAGCCAGGCGUCGACCGGCGCGCUGAGCGUGGGCAGCUCGCCCAAUGGCACGGGGCGUCGGAAACCCUCCGUCGCCUCUGUCACCCAGGGAGGGCGGAAGGUGUCGACGGCGUCCCGGUCCCUCAUGGAUGGGAGCCCGUCGGCCCGGAAGGAUUCCAAUUUCUCCCAGCACAUCGCCACGACGUUUGGAGGCUCGCUGCGGAACCUCUACUUGGCCGACAACAGCCUGGAGGAUGACGUUUUCCGCGAACUGUCUCUUAUCCCGGACCUGCGGGUCGUCAACCUGUCGUACAACGAGAUCACGGAGUUACCGCAGGGCCUGCUGAAGCGCUGGCACGUCCUGACCGAACUGUACCUGUCGGGGAACGUCCUGACCUCGCUCCCCUCGGACGACCUGGAUGAUCAAUAUCUACUCAAGGUCCUCCACCUCAACGGGAACCGGUUUCAGGUCCUGCCCGCCGAACUGUGCAAGGUAAGCCGGCUGGUGGUCCUCGACGUCGGCAGCAACGGGCUCAAGUACAAUGUCUCCAACUGGCCGUACGACUGGAACUGGAACUGGAACCGCAACCUGAAGUACCUGAACUUCUCGGGGAACAAGCGGCUCGAGAUCAAGCCGAACAUCACCAUGGGGCCGGCCGCAAGCCGGGAGACCGACCUGACCGACUUCAACUCGCUGACCCAUCUCCGAAUUCUGGGGUUGAUGGACGUGACCCUGACCACGUCGACCAUCCCGGAGGAAACGGAGGAUCGCCGGGUGCGCACGUCGGCCUCGUUGGCCGGGUCCCUCGCCUACGGGAUGGCCGACACCCUCGGCCGCACCGAGCACCUCUCCAUCAUCGACAUGAUUGUGCCCCGCCUGAAGCCCGACAACGUGGAGACCUUGGUGGGCAUGUUCGACGGACAGGUGCCGCCGACGGGCGGAUCGCGGAUCGCCAAAUACCUCCACGAGAACUUCAUUCAGGUGUUCUCCUCGGAGCUGAAGCGACUGCGUCCAGACGAGCAGGAGACGCCCUUGGACGCCCUCCGCCGGACGUUCCUGGGCAUCAACAAGAACAUGGCUUUCGCCUGCUACAAGUCCAUCGACCAGGACAUCCGACAGUAUCGCGAGGACUCGACGGACCAGAAGCGUGUGCGGCUCACCAAGGAUGACAUCCAUUCCGGUGGCGUAGCGACGGUGAUGUACCUCAACAACAUGGACCUGUACGUGGCCAACGUGGGCGACGCCCAGGCGAUCCUGGUGAAGGCGGACGGCUCGCUGCGGCAUCUGACGCGGUUGCACGAUCCCGCCGAACCGCAAGAACGGGCGCGCAUCCGGACGGCGGGCGGCUACGUGUCGCGCAACGGGAAACUCAACGACGAGCUCUACGUGUCUCGGUCGUUUGGCCAUUUCCAGCUGAUGCCGGCGGUCAUUGCCGCGCCGCACACCAUGCACGUCAACCUGACCGAGCAGGACGAGAUGAUCAUUCUCGCGUCGCGGGAACUCUGGGACUACGUGACCCCGGACCUGGUGGUCGACGUGACGCGGGCCGAGCGGUCGGAUCUGAUGACGGCGGCGCAGAAGAUCCGGGAUCUGGCGCUGGCCUACGGGGCGACUAACAAGCUCAUGGUCAUGAUUCUCGGGGUGAGCGAGCUGAAGAAGCGGGGCCGAUACACGCUCAAGAACGCCAGCAUGUCCAUGGGACCGCCGGACGAACACAUCAUCCCGAGCGCGAAACGACCCAAGAAGGCGCGUGACAUGCCCUCGGACUCCCGGCUCGCACGGUUCGACUACGUGGACGCGCCCAUCGGGGAGCUGGCCAUCAUCUUCACGGAUAUCAAGAAGUCCACCAGCCUGUGGGAGACGUGUCCCGACGCGAUGCGCUCGGCCAUUCAGAUCCACAAUGAUAUCCUGCGGCGGCAGCUGGGGAUCAUCGGCGGCUACGAGGUCAAGACCGAGGGCGACGCGUUCAUGGUGGCGUUUGCGACCACGACGGCGGCAUUGCUGUGGUGCUUCAACUGCCAAACGCAGCUGCUGGACGCCGAGUGGCCGACGGAGGUCCUCGAGCAGCCGCAGUGCCAGGUGCAGUACGACGUCGAGAACAACGUGAUCUUCCGGGGACUGUCGGUCCGGAUGGGAGUGCACUGGGGAGAACCGGUCUGCGAGAAGGACCCGGUCACCAACCGCAUGGACUACUUCGGCCCGAUGGUCAACCGGGCGUCGCGUAUCUCCGCCGAAGCAGACGGCGGCCAGGUGUUCGUCUCGUCCGACUUCAUGAGCGACUUCCAGCGCAACCUCGAAGUGUUCGCGGACACGGAGCGGGCGGCGUCGACGGGAUCCAUGGAGAGCUACUCCAGCCUGGGAUACAACAUCCGGCGAGAGCUACAGCAGCUGAACAGCCAAGGGUUUGUCAUCAAGGACCAGGGGGAGCGCAAGCUCAAGGGGCUGGAGAACCCGGAGCCGCUGUACCUCAUCUACCCGCACUCGCUGUCCGGGCGGUUGACGACGCUGGAGCAGGAGAUCGACCCGGACCAGACGCGGACGACCAUCAGCAAGCACUCGCAGCUGGAGAUCCAGACCGAUCUCAUCUGGCGACUGUGGGAGAUCACGCUUCGGCUGGAACGACUGUGUGGGGCAUUGGAGUACUCUGGGGAGGCGCGGUUGCAGGAGCCCAACGUGGCGUUGUUCAAUGUGGUCAAGAACCAUGGUGGGGAGCUGGCGGAUUCCACCGUGCUCAGCCUGGUAGAGCAACAGGUGACGCGCAUCGAAUUGACAAUCAACACACUUGCAAUCCGCAACAUGAUGCACCCCUUCCGACCAGGCGACAACCUCAACGACCACGCAAUCCCCAUCGGCGAGGUGAUGCAGCAGCUCCAGACCCAGCUAGCAGAGUAUCGACUCCUCAAGAAGCAGGUAGCAGACAACGCGGCCGACAUCCACCGAGGACCCAUCAACAUGGCGCCCGACCCGUACCUGGAGGACAGCACUAUCUCGACGUCGCCGACAUCCUCCUAUCUCAACCUACGCUCCAAUUCCGACGUGAGCUCUAUACCGCCAUGA